CCUUCCUGUUCAAGUGAGCACAGCACAACAAGGGGCUGGCACUGAGGACACGACCCUGCUGCCCAUGGAUUGGAUACCCCGCCCGGACGCACUACCCGGACAAGCCUGCUCAAACUCGUAGCUCCUCAGUUGGGCAAAUCACUUUGUGUAGUUCACUGAGGAAAGAGGAGGAAGCUGACUUUAUGGGUCCCUUAGACCCGGAUGUCGACACACUAUAGCACCAUCACCACAGACAUCACAGACACUACACGACUUGCCUUCAUGAGAAGUGCAGAAGAUCCAAUGUCAUUGUAAUGACGUGGCUCAGGUUUGACCCCGGAGAUGCCGAAGAGACGAGACAUUCUGGCCAUUGUGUUGAUCGUGUUGCCUUGGACGCUACUUAUCACUGUUUGGCAUCAGAGUGCCAUCGCCCCUCUGCUAGCUGCUCGAAAGGAUGACAGACAUGAGAGUCGGCGAGACUCCCAGAACACCUUCACCCUCAAGGAGCCCUGCUCCUCGGAGAACAACAAGGACAUUGUGAAGGUGUUGCGCACCGAGUACAUCUACAGCCGCCAACCGCUCUGGUCUAAUGUCCUCCCCACCCUCCACGUCGUCACCCCAACCUACAGCCGGCCGGUCCAGAAGGCAGAGCUGACCCGUCUGGCCAACACCUUCCUCCACGUGCCCAACCUGCACUGGAUCCUGGUUGAGGACUCUCAGCGACGAACCCCGCUAGUCACCAGGCUCCUCCAGGAAACAGGCCUGAACUACACCCACCUUAACGUGGAGACACCCAGGAACUAUAAGCUGCGUGGGGACAUGACGGACCCCAGGAUACCCCGUGGAACCAUGCAGAGGAACCUGGCCCUGCGCUGGCUCAGAGAGACCUUCAGCCCCAACAACAGCAACAGCCAGCCGGGUAUCGUCUACUUUGCAGACGAUGACAACACCUAUAGUCUGGACCUGUUUGAGGAGAUGCGUUCAACGAGGAAGGUGUCUGUGUGGCCUGUAGCCUUUGUGGGCGGCCUGCGCUACGAGUCCCCUAAAGUCAACACCAUGGGCAAGGUUUACGGCUGGAAGACUGUGUUUGACCCCAACCGCCCCUUUGCCAUAGACAUGGCUGGGUUUGCGGUGAACCUCCGCCUCAUUCUCUUUAAGCCUCAGGCCUACUUCAAGCUGCGGGGCGUCAAGGGAGGAUACCAGGAGAGCAGCUUACUGCGGGAGCUGGUCACCCUCAGCGACCUGGAGCCCAAGGCUGCUAAUUGCACUAAGGUACUUGUAUGGCAUACUAGGACAGAGAAGCCUGUCCUGGUGAACGAGGGAAAGAAAGGAUUUACGGACUCCAACGUGGAGAUAUGAAACUUAUUUUUGAGCACAGGUUAUAUAUGGCUGGGAUUCCAAACGGACUGACAAAAGACAAGCUGGCAGGAUCAGGGUGAAAUAUAUAUGUACUGUAAUAGUACUGUAAAGGGAGUCAGACAGCCACCUUGUCUACUACAAGCAGCACACAGCCACGUAUCAAUACAGGCAUAGAAUAUCAAAGCACAGAUUCAUAGAGGAUGGUGAUACUGUAUCUAGCUAAGCGCUUUACUGAUGCAUCAAUGGAAGUUGCCCACAUGGAGCUCGCCAGUCUCCAGAGUGCAACUUAGACAAAAGACUGUCGGCGGUUCAGACAACAGGAUGGCUUCAUACAGUGGUCAAUAGGAAGCGUCCUUAACCCAGCUGACACAAACCAACCGUCCAAUCAACAUGAUCGUAACCAGGCACUGGACCAAACUGAAUCAAUCAGUGGCCCCGAAUGGCUUUUGUUUGUUGGUGAUUAGGCUCCUUUUGUUGUGGAGUGGACUGUUCUUGGGGUGCAGAACAGAGCUGGAUAAAGGGGUCCUUGUCUGACUGAAGUUAGCAUUGACUGACAGACUAAUCUGGAGAGGACAUGAACCCUUCCCACGUCCCAAUGUAAAACACUGAGCUAUUCAGACAGCUCUGCUCCCUCAAACCUAUCACUAAUUAGAACACGUCUCACACACAUACACAGAUACGCCUGCACACAAACACAUGCACACACACACACACGCACACACAGAGUAAUCAGAGUAGGAAUGAUGAUUUAGCAUAACACCCAUACUGUAAUGCCAGCUUUUGUUAGUUGCUUGUUUUUGUUCAUGUUUUCCUGAUCAUAUAACACUACUGAUUUAUAUCAGCACUUUAAAAUCAGGAUUUAUUGUCAAUCAGUUUUUCUCAAUCAGAGACAAGUAUUUUUUUGGAAGAAUCGAUUUUCAAAGCAGAGUUCACAAGACACAGAACUCAGUGGCCUUUUGCAAAACAGUAAAUGCGUUUUCAAAAUGUAGUUGCCUUCUCAAAAUAUAAAUACAUUAAUCAAAACUAAAUUGUACAGUCAAAAUUGCAAAUAAAUUCAUAAAAAGAACACGACUCCCUGCAAAAAGAUUAAUACAACCAUACUCAUCUCGAGUCCAAGUAGACAAAAGAGAAAACAAAUCCCAGUACAUCAAUACAUUUUCUUUGCAGUUACUAAAUCAUGAUGAUCAAAUUAUGGGCAAUUACUCUCCUUUUAUGCAUAUUUCACCAAACAAUUUCAUAUAUAUCAAAUCAAAUAUUUCUGAUAAGAAAUAAAAUAAGCACAUUGUGUGCAGGAUUCAUCGGUAUCACAAUCCAAUUCCAUUCCAUAAUCAAUAGAUAGGCUGGUUUGCUCAUAGUUUUGUGGACUCAAAGCAAAGCUCUAUAAUGGAAGGUCAUAAUGUUGGAGAGAAUUACUUAGGAGUAACCCAACUUCAUUAUCUGCAUGUCUGCAAUAUUGUAAAAAAUUUGACUGUCCCAAUUGCCUAGAUCUUUCCCUACAGUAUGUGUACAUGGUAUGAAUUUUGAAUUUUGUGCAGUAGUAUUUACUGAUUGCCAGAAACAGUGAACACAAUUGCACACAUUUCUCUUCUGAGGAAUACAAUGUGUUAGUAUUCUGUGAACAAAACACUUAACAGUGAAUUUUGUAUUCACUGAUGGCAUUUGUACUUAAAGUUUUGUAAAAGGUGGUCUAAGAUUUCCCAGAAGAUACCGACCCUACCAUUAUUCUUGUUUACACUGAGCUGCACUGGGAUGUGAACGCAAUCAUCAUUACAUUAAGACACUGUGGAGCCAGCGCAAGAUAUGGGUUGGAAAACGUACUUCAGUGCAGGGAUGGGAUAUGCCACUGUACUCCAAAUUGUACCACUAUAAUGGUAGGGUCAGUAUCUCCUGGAAAGUCUAAGAUAUUCAAGUCAGGUACAAAAGCAAGAAAAUUAUCAGAAGUUCUGCAAAUGUAUUACUAACUGUAUGUCGCUCUGGAUAAGAGCGUCUACUAAAUGACUAAAAUGUAAAUGUAUUUGAGCAUUUGAUCAUUGCUGUUCUGCUAUAGCUAGUUUGUUUCAACAAAAAUUCCUUGUACGCGAUUGAGAAAAAAAAUGUCACCUCUCAAACAGAGAAUAGUUAAGGACAUUUGCCAAUGAAACUAGAGCUAGUCAAUUAAAUAUGAUUAUUUCACAACACACACUAAAUCAGUCAAAGGAUACAUGCCUUCCCUUGAUAUGCCAUUUUCUAACCAGUCUGGACCCCAAACGGCACUUAAUGAUCUUUGAUCUGAUAUUCAAAAGGUAAACAGAGGGAAUGUCUGCUUUGUAAACAACCACUGUAAUUAUAUGUAAAUACAAUCAUACAAAUUUACCCCACAUGUCAAUGUCUCUUUUGGUUUCCUUGUUUGACAUGGUUUAUUGCGA